GAUAAAUUAGCGCAGCAUAUUGAUUUUCCUGUAAUAAAUUGGAGAAUGGAACCAAAUCCAGUAAUAAUCGCCGCACAGGCUAGACAUACAGCAUCGCUUAUAUUUUUACACGGUUUGGGUGACACCGGUCAUGGAUGGGCAAGCACGAUUGCUGGCAUCAGAGGCCCUCAUGUCAAAGUUAUAUGUCCUACGGCUUCGACUAUGCCCGUGACGCUCAACAACGGUUUCCGUAUGCCCUCGUGGUUUGAUUUAAGAACGCUGGACGCUACAGCUCCUGAAGAUGAAGAAGGUAUUGAGAGAGCCACUGAUCUCGUCCAUGGGUUGAUUGCUGAUGAAGUUAAAGCCGGUGUGCCUGCAGAUAAAGUUCUGCUUGGUGGUUUCUCUCAAGGUGGAGCAUUAGCUCUAUAUGCUGCGCUUACAUAUCCUGAGAGAUUAGCAGGAGUCAUGUCCCUAUCCUGCUGGCUACCUCGACAUGGUUAUUUCCCUGGAGGCUUAAAGGCUCCUGUUGAUUUACCAAUAUUCCAAGCUCAUGGUGAUAAGGACCCAGUUGUAUCUUUCAAAUGGGGACAAAUGACGGCAUCAUGCCUCAAGACAUUUAUGAAAAAUGUUAAAUUUUCAACAUACCAAGGACUCGCACAUAGCUCAUCCAUUGCCGAACUCAAAGACAUGCAAGAAUUUAUAGAAAAGACCCUGCCAGCAUCAAAGUAAAUGUACCAUUUAUUACUUGAAAAGAUUAUCAUACAUUCAGUCUACUAUUUUGGAUGUGCUAAUUAUAUCGUAGGGUGAAUGGGUAUUUGGUUUAAGCAACAUUUUUUCAUCUUUAUAGGAGAGCAAUUUAAAGUCUAAAAUUUUGAAAAAUAGCACUUUAAACCAAACUUCUUCAGCUAUUGGAGCAAUGGAAUAAACUUAAUUGAAGUUCAAUUAAGAACAUUGAACUGUUGAUGCAUAUUUAUAUAAAACAAAACCUUUAAUUAAAAAGAUAAAUAUUGUGUAUUAAGCGAAUAUCAAAACCAAAUAGCCUUUCACCCCUCUAUAUACUAUUUGUAAGAUAAUUAUGUUGUUUAGAAAAAAAUCAUUUAAUAGUGACAUUGAACUGCAUUUGAAUUUAAACAUUAGUUUGUUUAUGGAGCAGGAAUAAAACAAGACAUGGUUUCAUUAUUGAUUAAAAACAUUUGACAGUUUCCUCAAUGUUCCUGAACUGGAAAGGUCUGCAACCCUUUUUGGAUUUGGUGUAUUAAUAAUUUAUUUAGGUACUUAGAUAUGUUAAAAAAUUCUACACAUAAUAAUAGUACUACAUAGUUUGGCAUUCAAAAUGCAGUCCAUGUACCUAUUAUUUUGAGGAAGUUAGGUGAUUAGUAGUAAUUCAGCAUUCUUCGAAAACGUAGUGCAUCAGAACAUAUGCUAUAAUUUUUUUAAUACCUUAUGUUAAGGUUGCAAAAUUAUGUUAUGAAAUAUGCACCCACAAAUAAACCAUUGAUAAAUCAAUCACUAUUUUAAGACUAACAAAAUAUAAAAAUGAAAUU